AGCCAAACUCAACGAUAAUCUUCAUUGCGUUUUCCCCGUUAUCACAUCCUCAAGUGUGUGCAAGUGAAAGUGUUUCACCUUUCAGCUAUCAACAACGUCCAUUCAAAUCUGUGAGUGAGUAAAUGGUUCCUAAUUUUCACAUUGCAAGAUUAACUGCAUCAUUCUUACACUGCAACAAAGGUACCCAAAUUCGAUUGGAUUCUUUUCUGCAAUACAAACACAAUGCUUUCCUUUUAUUCUUCAACUCAUUCACUUCAACCACCUCUUCUGGCUCUGAAUCUGAUGGAAACCUUCAUAAAGGUGACACCUUUACAGUGUCUUACCUCGUCAACUCAUGUGGGGUGUCCCCAACAUUGGCUAUGAAACUCUCCCAUAGGGUGAAUAUCAAAAACCCAGAUGGCCCAAAUGCUGUUCUUGAUCUUUUCAACAACUAUGGCUUCUCCAAAACCCAUUUUGCAAAAUUUGUGGCUAAAUUUCCAAGGGUGCUCAAUGCAAAUGCUGAGAACAUCCUUUUGCCUAAAUUCAAGUUCUUCCGUUCUAUUGGUGUUUCAAACGCCGAUAUGCCUAGGAUCCUAAUUGAUAACCACAUUAUCUUGGCUAGAAGCUUGGAAAAAUGCCUCAUCCCACGUUAUGAGGUACUUAGGGGUAUAGUUCGUGAUAAUCAAGAAGUUGUUAGAGCUUUGAAAAGUGCCCCAUUUGGUUUUACAUUUGCUAAUAUGGUGAAUGACUUGGUUCCAAACAUCGAGGUUUUGAGGCAAUUUGGUGUGCCUCAAGCUUCCAUUUCUCUCUUGAUGAUGCAUUGUGGAACUGCACCGUAUGCAAAGCAUCCCAGAUUUGUGGAAGCUUUCAACACUGCUAAGGAAAUUGGGUUUAAUCCUUUGAAAGCAACUUUUGUUGUGGCUAUUGAAAUGCUUAUUAGGAGCAAAGAAGCGCGGGAAUCAAAGUUUAAGGUUUAUGAGAGGUGGGGCUGGAACCGCGAAAUUGCUCUUCGGGCAUUUAGAAAGUUUCCUUGUUUUAUGAAGUUGUCAGAGGAGAUGUUUGCCAAAAAAAUGAAUUUCCUUGUGAAGGAUAUGGGUUGGUCAUCAGAAGAUAUUGCUGAUUAUCCUCAAGUUCUAGCUUACAACUUUGAGAAGAGGAUUGUACCUAGAUUCUCAGUAAUUAAAAUCUUGAAAUCCAGAGGUCUGCUUGAGAAUAGUUUCCGCUUUAGUUCUUUUAUUUGCUUAAAUGAGGAAAAUUUUUUGCAGAAAUUUGUUGUCAAUUUUCAGAAAGAUUUGCCUCUCUUACCUGGUGUCUAUAGAGAUGUGAUCAAUCAUUUGAAUGUAAUGUAG